AUGCCUUAUCGUCGCCUGGAGUCGCUGCAUCAACACCUUUACACACAGGCCAUCACAUCUCUCUCAUUUGACCCUGUUUCGGAUACACUUUGGACGGGCUCUAACCUUGGACAGAUUGUUGCCUACCAUGGACGACAUGGCUUGCAAGGUGUUUCCUUCCCGGUCGGUGGCACACCUGGAACGCCUGUGAAGAAAAUCGUAGCUGAAGACAGCUAUAUACGAGCGGCCAGCUUGUCGGGUGAAGGAGUAGGCACCUGGACAAAAGGUGGAAUGAAUAAGUGGUAUUUCAGGCAACCGAACAAUGUGAUGGAAUUCUCAAAUACAUCGAGUGCUUCGCCGCUGGUGGCUAUUUCCACGAGUGCUUCAGAGUUGGUGUUGCUAAAUUCGCUGACGGGGGACGUCGUUCGCAAUGUUCCUUGCGCGUCCAUCGCGAACCAUCUCCAUUUCUCUCAUUCUUGCCUAAUAUCGGGCUCAAUGGACGGAUUUCUGCGUACACACGAUCACCGAACAGGUCUACGCAGGGACGAGGGCGCGGAACACAUCGUCAAAGCACACCACGGCGGAAUCGAGGGACUCCAGUCUAUUGGGAACCUGGUGUUCACCAUUGGCUUGGGUAUGAGACAAUCCCGUCCCAUUCCCGACCCGUUAGUCAAAAUCUACGACCUACGCACGCUUCGAUCGCUCGCGCCCAUUGCUUUCCAGAAUGGCCCCGCCUUCAUCUCUGUGAUACCCAAUCGCUCAUCCACGAUCGCCAUAACCUCCAAGCAAGGCCUGGUCCACAUUGUCGAUGCGUCAAAUCCCCACGCAGGGAGCGCCAGUGAAUUCUUUCAGCUCGAUAUGGAUCUGUCGACUUAUGUUACUGCGGCUGCUGUAUCCCCUACCGGGGCCUAUAUGGCUUUCGGCGAUGCCACCGGCGCGAUUCACCUUCAGACGUCCUCGGAAGCGGAGGACCUCCCCUUCAACGGUUUUGAUGGUCAGCCGGUGGAAUGGGCAGAUCCUCCAGACGCACCCCCGGAUAUCCAAUGGACUGACUCGACCCCGCUCAACUCGAUAGGAAUGCCCUACUACAACACGCGCCUUUUCUCCGCCUGGACCCGCGGGUUGCAGACGACGCCGGUGUACUACCCGCCCCCACAGAAAAUCCCCCCUCAGAUCUUGCAUACAAUGAAGACUACUAACAACAUUGCGUAUGCGUCUUUGCCUAAGGAACUCAAGGGCAGGCGCAAUACGGUUGUUGUAGCUACCCAAGGUCAACAUGGACGUUUCCGGAGUGGGAAGAAGGGAAGUCAAUCGGACUCGGAGAGCCCCAUGUUCGACCCGUCGGGAGAUGAGAUACCUAGGAUGUACCGUCAUGUGGAAAUUGAGUAUAGCAAAUUCGGCGUGGAAGACUUUGACUUUGGAUUCUUCAAUAAGACCGAGUAUAGCGGCCUAGAGACUCACAUUCUGCACUCUUAUACAAACGCCCUUCUUCAAGCCAUGCAUUACAUAGAGCCAAUACGCCAGCUCGCCAAGUCGCAUAUCACGACCAAUUGUCAGAGAGAGCAUUGCUUGCUGUGUGAACUCGGCUUCGUCGUUCGUAUGUUAGAGGACGCGCACGGGACCAACUGCCAAGCGAGUAACUUCUGCAAGACCGUCGGCAUGCUCGCUCAAGGCGCAAACGCAAUCGAACUUAUCGAUUAUGGCCGCGAUUCCAAUGAGAUUGAUUAUGCGCACAAGAUACAGUCUUUUCAUAGAUUCCUCAUCGACCACCUAAGUUCGGAAGGGAACAACUUCCCUCACAAUCCUGUUCUAAUCAACGAUCCUUCAUUUAUCCCCAGUCCACUGUCCCCUGCGGCAGCGCCCAUCACUCAGCUCCUGGGGAUCGACGCGAAGAACGUGAUAACCUGCAUGAGCUGCAAGGCCGUUAGAUCAAAGGAGAACAUGAGCCAUAUCGUCGACAUGGUAUACCCGCGUAAGAACUUAUCGAACGAACCACCGCCGGCAGCCGAUUUCACGAACGUCAUCAGGAAUUCCCUGAUGCGACACAUGUCCCACAAGGCUACAUGUCAGACUUGUAAACACUUCGCGACAUUUUCUUCGUGGCGGUCUAUUGCUACGAAGGAUCUACCGGCGGUGCUUGCUAUCAACGCGUGUGUCAGCAAUGAAGAGAAUCUCAAGAUCUGGCUGGACUCUCGGAAUGGGACCUUCCUACAGCCACACAUUGACUUACACGGUCAGCUAGAAACCGAGGAAGAUCCACAAGCGACGAGGUACGAGCUGAGGGCGAUUGUUGCUCAAGUCAUACUAAAAGACAAGCACAACCAUCUAGUGGCCAUCGUCAAAGUUCCAGAGGCCGAGCGAAGGAAAGACCUUCCUAGUCCCUGGUUCUUGUUCAACGAUUUCCUGGUUAAGAAUAUCUCUGAGAACGAGGCAUUGAGCUUCCCGGAUAAAUGGAAGGUUCCCACUGUCAUAUAUCUCGAGCGAGUGGACGUGAGGGAUAAAUUCGACUACAGCGGCCUACCUAUGGAAAUUGAUACUUCUAUAUUGUGUCGGGAUACAUCCAUCUCCUUGAAUCGGGAUAAAAACUUGAUCAAACAUGAGUGCCUUCGGUUUGAGGAGUUGCCCCGGCCAGGGACACUGGUGGCCAUCGAUGCUGAGUUCGUGCAGAUGCAACUAGAAGAGACUGAGUUCAGGUCUGACGGAACGAAGAAGAUCUUGCGACCUGCUAGGCAUAGCCUGGCUCGAGUCUCUGUUCUUCGCGGAAGUGGACUCAAAGAGGGUGUCCCCUUCAUUGAUGAUCAUAUACACACCAGCGAGGCCAUUGUCGACUACUUGACCAAGCAUUCGGGUGUCAAAUACGGCGAUCUUGAUCCUCGAUAUUCACCGUAUACACUUACACCUCUCAAACUGGUGUACAAGAAGCUUCGGGUCCUUGUCGACCGUGGGUGCAUAUUCAUAGGUCACGGGCUGUCUUCAGACUUCCGUAUCAUCAAUAUCUUCGUCCCUCCUGAGCAAGUCAUCGAUACCGUGGAUUUAUACUUCCUGAGGACUCGACAGCGACGCCUGUCCCUUCGCUUCCUCUCUUGGUUUGUUCUGCAUGAAAAUAUCCAGCAAGAUGUGCAUGAUUCGAUAGAGGAUGCCCGGUCGGCACUCAAUCUAUACAAAGCUUACCAUGAAUUUGAGGGUCAAGGGACAUUCGACCAGAAGCUAGAGGAGUUGUACCGCGAAGGGCGACAAUAUGGCUGGAAACCACCCGAGUCUGCAUCGUCUCCUACACCGGCGCCAGCUACUGUUCCGUCUCCAAUACCGGACUUCACAUUCGCGAAUCCAACGAAUAUGCUGCAGACGGCACUGCUGCAGAGCAUGUACCCCGGUGGCGGCGGUAGUCGUUCCUCCACACCCAAUUCCCCAUUCUUUAGUCCACCAAAUCCUAUGUAUCCGCAUCCACAGCAUUGGCAAAAAUAA